AUGUCCACCCAACAGCAAUCUCUCAGUGAGUGGGUGACACAAAUCAACGAUACUCUGUUCAUUCAACCAAACGAUGAAAUCGCCCUCAAGGCUGUCAAUGAGCAAGUUGAUCCAAGCUUGGUAGUCAAGAUCAACCACAACGUCUACAGUUACGACCAUUUCAAACAAGGCCUCCAAUAUGCCCGUGCUUCCAGUACAUCGAUUCAAAAUGAGUUUUCGGUUAUACUGCAAUGGGAGAACUCGGAGAAGCCAGAUGGCGUUGUGGCGGUUCUUAGUAAAUGGACGUCCAAGGACAAGACAUCGGGCAAGGAGACCAAGAAGACCAAUGUUAUUCUCUGGGAGGUCAAGUGGAUUGAUGGUCAGAGAAAGCUUACGGGACAAACCGAGGUGGAGUCUGUGUGA